AUGGCCAAAAAGAGAAGGAGGGCAGAAGAGCCAGAGGCCGCCGAACAAGAGGACGAGACUGUAAAACCUGUUGCUCAUGACUCCAACGACAAUGUCGAGCAACAAGCCGAUGACAAUGUCGAGCAUGAAGAGGAACAAGCAGAGCAACCGCCCACUGUAGAUCCAAAGAAAAAGGCAACCGCAGCAAAUAGAGCUGAUGCUGCCACCGAAGCAUCACGAAAGAAGGGAGGAAACCCGAAAGAAUCAUUGAAGUUGGAACGGAAACGACAGGAAGCACAAGAAUUAUUGGAUCAGCAGGAAAUCGAAGAGAAGGGUGUCGACUAUGAACGUGUAAAGAAUCUGUCGUAUACUGUAGAGGAUGCGGAGGCUUGGGAACGAAAGCUGAAGGAGAAAGCAAAGAGACAGGAUAAUGGAUUCACUGACUAUGCACAAGUAGCAGCCAAAAAAUACAAUAAACAAAUCGCAACAAUCUCACCAAAUAUGGCUCGCUACCAUGCCGAAAAGGAAGACGCCAAAGCACGGGCAUCUGUACUAGGUGUAUCUCAAGAAGAAGCGUUUUAUCGAGACGCUAACUCAAUGGCGUAUGCUGGAUCCAGCAAACCAUCGCAGGCUGCUGUAGACAAGCUAUCCAAGGAAGUGCAUGAUCAGAUUGCUAAACGAGCCAAGUUCUCAAAGAGGAGAGCCUUCCAUGAAGAUGAUGAUGUUACAUAUAUCAAUGACCGUAAUAUGAAGUUCAAUCAAAAGAUUGCACGAUCCUAUGACAAGUAUACUUCCGAUAUCAAGGCAAACUUUGAAAGAGGAACAGCUCUAUAA